GUUCUUCGCACAGAAAUGAAACUGUCGAAACCAGGAAAUGAAAGUGUACGAGGUGAAGUGCAGCCUGUUCAGAGCGGAGAAAGACGCUUCACUGCAGAGACUCUGGCCAGCAGGGUGAAGAUGAAGAUGAAGAUGCUUUAUGUUCUAAUGGUGAUGCCGGUGAUGUCAGCAUUGGUCGUCACGGAUUCUGCCACUAGGUCUGCAACUAAAAAACCUCUUCCUACAACUACUACUGUCAGGACUACAUCAUGGACGACGACAACAGGACCUUCUGGACUAAAUUUAAUCGGGAAGAUGUUCACUUUGUCUGAGUAUAGAGGAGGAUUAUCUUUCUAUCCCCCCAGUUAUUUUUCUCCUACCAGUCCCCCCUGGUCGUCCACUCCUUUCUGGAGAACUACCCGUCCCUGGAGAACUACCCGUCCCUGGAGCACUACCCGUCCCUGGACCACCACCACCCGUUCCUGGACCACCACCACCCGUCCCACCACCCGUCCCUGGACCACCACCACCCGUCCCUGGACCACCACCACCACCUCCCCUACUACAGGUGUCUCCGUGUGUCUGCGUUACCUGACUGAUAGCGACUACAACACAAUCUUCACGCUCAGUCCAUCCAGCGGAAACCGUAUGCAGCUGGUGGCCAAUUCUCCUGGUGUGUAUAGACUGAACUUCGGAUACCAAUCCUACUACUUGGACUUGCGUCCUAACAUAAGGUUCUGGUCAAACAUUGGACUGGACAUCUGGACCAGAAUCUGCCUCACCGUGGACACCGUGAAGGGUGUGGCCCAGAUGUUCAACGGCUCGAGCAUUAGCAUCAGGAAGAUGCUGCCACUUAAGUAUGUCUGGGUAGGUGAGCCCGUGAUUGAGUUUCCAGGUUUUGAUGGUCAGCUGACAGACGUCCAGGUGUGGAAUUAUCCUCUCCACUACAAAGAAAUCUUCAACUACAUGACUGGCGGUGUCUAUGUGCCGUACAGUGGCUCUGUCCUCACCUGGUCAUCCAUCAACUACUCUCCCAGAGGAGACAUUGUAUUGGAGGAUACCUAUGAGUUGCAGAGAAGACAGCCAGUCAUCAGCCGAGGGAGAGAGCAUCUACCAAAAGGAGAGAAGAAGUCCAGGAAGUUUUUCAACGUGGGGGAGAAGGAUGAGAAAAAGACUGAACAGCUUUAAUGAAACACACAGGGGUAUGAAAUGUGUACGAAAAGCUGUAUCCUCUGUUCUUAAUUUCAUAAUAAAACAAAUCACAUUAAUCAAUCAUCAUAAAUGAAAUUCGAACAUUACUGUAUGAUUAAAGUAUGUGAUUAUAUUUACAAGACGACAAACUAGUCUCAGAAACAGAAUUCAUUUUUACUAACAUCAUUGACUUUAUAUUGUAUUUCUUUACUUAAUUUUGUAUGUCAUUAAACAGAUUGCUGACAGAAUAUUGUUAUUGAUUGUACAUUUUAUAUAACAUGCAGCUCGGCGGUCAGAGUCCUGCCUUAAAGGAACUGUUCAACAUUUUGGAAAAUGUGCCGAUACUGUAUUUGGAUCCUUUCUCAGAGUGAGAUGUCAAAUACCGAAUCCCUUAACUGAUUUCAUUUGUUUGGCUCAGUUUAAAGAUACUGUAAGUGUUCACUGACUGUUUUUUGUUCACUACAAGUAGUACUAGUACAAAACUAGCCCAUACAUGUGCUGUUUAUAAGGUUCUUAGCACAGCUUACAGCAAUUUAUGAUACGAGUCUGUGGCAGCAUGUUGCAUUUAACAGUAAUAAUUAUUAUUUUUCUGAAAGCAGUUAUUGUUGUUUUUUUUUUUUGAUUUGGUUCACUGUCACCCCUCUCAUAUGUAGCGUCAUUUUAGGCUGCAGAUGGACACAGUUACUUUAUUGAGACCAAAAAAAGAGCUAAAAGAGAGUGAAUUGGACAUUCAUCAUGUGACACCAACUUGACUCCAAAUUAAUGAUAAUGUUGCUCCGUAACAGCUGGAUAUUUCAAUGAGCAACUAAGCAAGUUCACCAUUUCAACUUAAAAAGUGAUUAUAUGCCAAUGUUGUGUUCAAAGUGCUCAAUUAAAUCAGUUAUUCCAGA